GGUUAAUCGACCGCUAUUUUCCCACGUGGUAUGAAAAACCGAUAACAAUAGAAGAAAUGAAAAGUGUGCCAGGAUAUUGUUAAUAUUCGUCCAAUAUGCCAAAUUAAGGGACAAGUAUUCAUCCUAUUACUAAGUGAUAUACAGAAUUUGAAGACUCACACAUGGCAGGAUUUAAAUUAGGAGUUAUCCGGUUAGGAAAAGCGGCAGGAAAAAUAAAAUAUUCCCUUUUAGACGAACAGGAUGUGUCCUUAAUUAGACGAUAUGGCUUUCAAGCCCACGUGGAUAUGGAUCGAGAUGGUAACGGCGCCAAGAUAUAUGCCUAUGCAUACGACCUGUUAAAAGGAAAGUCCUCGAUGCAGUCACUUCAUAAUAUGUUAUGGGAGAAAUAUCGAGGAGGUAUUGCUCCAGGAUUCAAAGUUGUUCAUUUGAAUGGUAUUACCGUUGACAACAGGUUAGAUAACCUUGCCCUCAUCCCUGAAGAUUUUCCUGUGGAUAUGGUUGAAGAGCCAUCUACAAAAUCUAGAGAACAGAGUCUGUACUGGUUAGCUGUACAGCAGUUACAUAUAGCUCCAUUACAAUGUCAAAACCCAAUAGAAAUCCAAAAGCACAAGUUUUAUGAUAAUAAUGGUCAUGAUGUAUACUUAGAAGAGGACAGUAUUUAUUAUGAAUGUCACUAUCCCCCUUGUACCAACAUGGAGAAACAUAUCAGACAGUUCAGCAUAUGUGGGCGUUGUCAGCAAGUUAGGUAUUGUGGGACAAUUUGUCAACAACAAGAUUGGCCUGUCCACAAGACUUACUGCAUUGAACGACCAGCUGUAGACUCAGACACAGAGAGCUUACCCGAUAGAUGAAACAGGACCCUCUUUUUAAAAUAACAUUGUUUAAAAUCAGUGGACUUUCCCAGAGUUAUCUGCCCACAGGAAACUGCUUCACACUAUAGCUGUUACACUGAAAUCAUGAGUGUAAAACUCUUACAGCAAAAAACAUUCAUUUGAUAAACUUUUUUUUUCAAAGUGGUAAAUUCUGUUUAAGUGUUUUGAUUGUUUCAAAAGCUUUUUAAAUUCUUUGUUUCUAUGUCGCUACAGCAAAAUCAAUGUCUGAAAUCCAAAAGAUAUGCUGGGCUUUAUUCACUUUUUCCUGAAGUUAGCUAGUUCUUGAUUUUUUAAGUGUAAAUUAUUAGCUUUAGAUGGAGGUAAUGAGUUAAAGCUCUUGGACAUUUAAAUUUCGCCAGCAUAUAAGGUAUUUCUGUCCUUCUAACACAUUUUGUUUAAAACAAAUUGUAGUUGUUAUAAUCAAAAUGGACUUGUUAAAACUGCUAAAUAAAAGUUACUUUCAAUCUGUAUAAUUUAGACUUUUGUUACUGUCAAGUUAAAUUAAAAGCUGUUUCAACAAAUGGUAUAGAAAUGAACCACUUUCAAUUGAAUAAGUAAAUAAAUGGUUUUUGUUGUAAGUGUUUUGGAAACCUAUAUACUUUAUAGUGCUUAAUAUCUGCCACUGAUGUCAAUUCUGGUUUCUUUGAAUUUGUUGAAAAAAGGUGACCUUAUUAUGAAAUCCUUAUAUAUAUGUAUUAAAUGUUGAUGCAUUGUUUUGCAGCAAUGAUCAAGAACCUUGCAGCUGAAAUCAUUGUUUAUAUUGCUGUAUGACAAAUGGCAUAAGGAAAGCGGACCUUAAUUUUGAUUUAUCAGUUGAAAAUGCAAAGUUGAAGGAAACCAAAUGAGUAUUAUUUUAUACCUUUAUUUUUAAUGAAAUCUAUAAUUUUUCCAAUUUGAAGUAAGCCAAAUGAGUCUUUUGUAUACUGAUUUGUGUGACUUAAAUAAUUUGAGCACUUUAAAAAGUAAACAAGAAUUAGUUUUCUUUGUUUUGAAUUUGGAAAUAGCAAAUACAGUACAAACAUGAUAAUUUGGUGAAAAUUCACUUCAAUUGACAAUGUUUUAGUGUGAAAACUAAGUAUUGGUUAUUUGUCUUUCUUUCCUCGUAAAUAUUAAUUUAUAUUAUAUGCAAGGGUCAUUCCAGUCAUCUUGUUUCAGAUUGAUUUGAUCACUAUUAAAGCACCAACAAAAGUGGUGUUUGAGUUAAUCAGAAUAAGUGUACUGUCACAUGUGCUGUCUUUAAACAUAAAGGUUCUUGCAUGUUGGUGCUUUUUUCCUUGAUAUUUGCAUUGUCAUUGCAGAUGAUUGAAUAUUUUAUAUUUUCAUUGAAGACAUUAGUUCAUUUGAAUUUUCAUUGCAUAUGAUACAAUUUCUUUGCAUUUUUAGUGCAUAUGAUACAAUAACUUUGCAUUUUCAUUGCAUCAAGAUUGAAUUACUUUUCAUUUUCUUUGAAGAAGAUUGUAUCAUUUGCAUUUUCAUUUAUGAUUGGAUCAUGUUCAUUUCACCUUCGUAAAGAAUUAAAUGCUUUAAUAUUUUUUUUGUUGCUGGUUUGUGUGUUAACAUUUUAUUUAACAAGAAUCUAAUUUUAAUGUUGUUAUAGUAACAGAUUUAACUCUUCGGUGUUGCACUUUAUUUUGUUUAUUUACAUAAUAUUAAUUAUUUUAUUUUAUAUACGUACAGUUGUUUAUUUUCGUUUGUCUUUGAUGCAUUUUAAAUGAGAUAUUAAAUUGGCAUAAACAUGCCACAUGAUAAUUAUGAAAUAUCACUUGAAGUCUGGAAUAUGUAUAUGUAUUUAAUUUUAAAGUUAUGAAAUUUUAUGUACAAAAUGUAUAUUUAAAAUUUUAUGAAAUAUGUGGAUAUUUAAAUUUUCAAAGACAAACUUCAUUUAUUUAUUAUAUUUUGUUGCUUUAAUAUGAUGCAUGUGUUUUAUUGUGUGUAAACUAGUCAUAUAUACUAAAGCCAACUAAUCAUGCCAUUUGAUAACAUUAUGUCUAAUACGCUAGUCAGAUUUUUAUACUUCUGUCUCUUGUUUCUGUUUUUACUGACUUAGGACAAGUCAUUUUUAAAUAUACCUAUUGUGUAUAUUUACUUCUUUGAUUUAUGUUACAAACAACUAAAGGGCAGGGUGCUCUCCCAGAAUUCUAAUUAUGUUGAAUCACUUUAAUUCGUCCAUAGAUUAUAAUUGUAAAUUCUGAAAUUAACGCAUGCAUUUAAUUUUGCAAUUUUUCAAGAAUGAAAUAUAUUAUUUGCAUGGAUUUGUUUUAUAAUGCAAUUGAAUUGAUUUUGUUUAAGACCAUACCCGUAGCAAGGGGGGUUUCGGGUGGUUUGGACGAAGCCCCCCCCCCCCCUUGAAAACGAAUAAGCACUGUUAAAGUCAAUGUUCUGUUUGAAUUGUGACUGUUAAAGUUGAGUUUGUGAGUCCAACGAACCCCCCCCUCGGAAAUUCCUGGCUACGGUCCUGAAGACAUUUUAUUUCUUUUAUUUGUUUAAGAAUUGAACAGCAUAAGAUUCAGGUUAUAUAAAAAGAAAAAAGUUUAGAUAUGGCUGUUUGUUAAAAAUAAAAAGUUAUGCAUAGAAAUCCAAUUCAUAGUUUUUUUUUAAAGGGAGAUAAUUUGUUUUGUUUUUGUUCUCAAAUAAACAGCCAUUUUGGAUUCUUGUAAUCAGACAUUUUUUCCUGCUUAAUAACUUCCAAGGAACAAAAGUUACAAAAAAAUACAGUUAUUUCUCACUUUUCUUCUGUAAUUUAUUCUGAAGUUUCAUUUUGACUUAGCAAGAUUUUGUAAUAUAAAAAUCAGCAUUUAACACUAUUAAUGAUAAUUAUUUUCCGAUAUAUAGUUAUGAAUAAUUGUUGUGUUUUACUAACUCUGCCAUAUAUGUUUGAUGUGUAGUGUGCCAUUAACAAAACUAGUGCAAUAUAUAAACAGACAUUCCAAACAAUAGCAUUCCAAUACAUGAUUACAUAGAUAGUAGCAGAUAUACAUGGAAAAUAUACAAUCAAAUAUACAAAAUGGUGACAAUAUAUUUUAGAGAAUUUGAACUUAGAUUCUUUAUCUAGCCUAAAUAAAGAAUCUAAGUUCAAAUUCUCUAAAACAUGUCUAAAAUACACAUUACCUAGACUAGGUAAUGUGUAUUUUUUGUCGUAGGUUCAUGUUAUUUUUUUAUUUUUUUUAAGAUUGAUAUGGACACAACUCAGGAUAGCUCAGAGACAUUAGUUUGAAAAGUACUGAUAAUUUUUCCUUAACAAAAUUGAUCUUCUGAAUUCAGUCAUUUUAUGACCAAAGAAAAGUAUAAACGCAAAUAAACUUUCUAUAAACCCAGCUAACUUUAAGUGGCAGAUUGAAGGGGAGGGUUCCAAGAGUUGGAACCCCUUUUUGGACAGUCAAUGUUUGGUUGGGAAAACACCUUUUUAAAAUUGCUGGAUCUGCCCCUGACUUUAAUUUUACACAUAAACUCUUACAAAUUUGUAAUUGAAUAAAUAAAUUAAAAGGUUUUACUUCAUACACCUUAUCUGAUCAUAAUAUGAAAUUACACAACAUUUUCAUGACAUCACGAAUCAGUUGAAGGUAUAAGGGACCCUGUUUAAACUAUGUUUUUCUCAUAAAACUUUUCAAAGAGACAUGUUUAAACCUACGGUAUUAUUACUUUGAAAAAUUGGUUCAUUAAAUAUUUAAGUAUUUGAAGUUUCACUUUCUAUAUUUUUUCCUCCUUUCGCUCAUUAGUGACGACCUUUGUUUUUGUAACACUUGACACACACAGGAAGUCGUCUAAGUGAGUGUAUUUCCUGGAAAAGAUUAAAUAAUGAUAAGGUGUAUACUGUCAUUUUAAAAGGUCAAAAUACAGUAGCCGAUACUUCAUAAAAUUUUGAAAUAAAAGUAUCAACUAAUUUUUAGUAUUUACUUUAGCAGUAAAUACUUAAAUUAUGAGUGACAUUUUUCCUGGUAAAAAUUAUUACAUGUAUUAAAUAUAUUUUUUCUGUACACUACACAAAUCAAAUGGAGAUUACACAAAACAAUCUAAAUCAUUGUAACCCUUUCAUUACCAUUUGAACUGAAGGUGCAGACGUUUAUAAAACUGUUAUAUUCUGUUUAUUUAUUUAUGUUGGUAAUCAUAGUAACCGUUUAUUUAACAUAUUUACUUAUGGUUUGAAUAAAUUAAUUUUGUAUUAA